AUGGCUGAGGCGGUCGGCGUGGUGGCCGCAUCACUUCAAUUUGGCAAAGUAAUGUUAGAAUUGAAGGCAAAAGCCUCAUCAAUUCGACAUGCCCCAGAAGAAUUGACAGUGGUGUUGGAGGAGCUAGAAGUCACCGAAAACAUUCUGCAAACUCUCGCUGAUCAAGAUCCACUCCUAUCUAGUUACGCACCGCCGGCUGUGAUACAAAAAUGCCGGGACUCCUGUGAGAAGGCCACUGACAUUCUCAGACCUGUCUGUCUUGAGCUGUCCAAGGCUAUCGAACGGUCUCGAUGGCAAGGGUCCAUCAAAUUUGUGCUCAAGGAGAAAUUCAUGGAGAAGGCGGCGAGGCGCAUCGAGCGGGCGAAGAUAAAUCUCAUGUUAGCGCAGUCAGCAGCUUCUAUUGCAUUGAGUGCUCUCAGUCUACAGCAGCAGAUGACUACACAUACACUGAUAGCUACGGAGUCCGAGGUCAGAACGGCCAAAUUAGUCUCGCAAAUUCAACACCGAACCAGGUCAUUGGCAAUUGCCGACUCUCAAGCAGACAAUGCAGAUAUGUCCCACGAUGACGGUGCCGACAAGGAGGAGAUGACCAUCAGGAAGACGCGGGGAAAUCUUUUCGCUCCUUCAAAGAGAGCAAAGACGGCUACCUCUCUCUUGGCUAUACAGAGCACAUGGCUGGGGAAAAGAUUCGAAUUCCUAAGAAUGCGAAUAUCCGGACUCACCUACUUCGGCAUCAAAACGUACAACAUUGUUCCCAGAGGUUCAGCCAUUUUCGACGCAGUUUGGAACAAUGAUAUCUGUACUACCCGCAACCUUUUUAACAGACGACAGGCUACUAUCUAUGAUGUAGAUCAGGACGGGUGGACGUUACUUCACGAGGCUUGUGCGAGAGCCAACGCCCCAAUGAUACGGUAUCUCCUGCAAGAAGGAGCCGACCCAAACGAGACAACUGCCGGUCGUAUUUCAUGUUUUGACGUGGCGAGGUAUCUUUAUCCACUUGUACAUGUCCAUGGACAUGGGAGAGAUGGUCUCGAAGCCGUCCGACAUAUGACACACCUCCCGGGCUUCCGUGAACUUUUCAAAAAUCUUGUCCCACUAGGCUCUCUGCUAACCGUAUGGAAUGUCAAUUGUUCGGAGAUGCUCAGCAAUGUCAUGGCGAUAGUCUCCGAUCAUGGGCACGACAUUGACUUUGAAAUAAGGCUCAAGAUGGCAUAUAAUGGAUGCACUUCUCAGAGGCCUGUACAAGAGUUUUGGCAGGUGCUAUUACAACAGAAACUGGAUUCCACAUGUCUGGUCCGCCUGAAUGUCGAGGAAACUCAAAAUCAUGAAAGUCUUGUUGUUCGUCUAGCCCAAACAAUGUCAGGUGAACCCAUCGAUCUUGAAGGCUGGAGGCUGUUGUUGCGCCAAGCUAUAUCACUUGAUGGUAUCCGAAUUUCGUUCGGACACAGCUGCGGCUCCCCAAUGCUACAAUACUUGAUGUUCGACCUGGGCGAAAGGGCAUUUUUGGGCCAGUCGGGCGAUCUUGACCACCAGCGACUAACACGUAGAUUGCGGAACUGGGCCUACGAAGUCGAACUUGCUGGCCAAGAUCUGCAGGUUUAUGGCAGCUUGGAGGAAGCCCUCCUCGCUGAUAUAGACCCAGUGUUUUCUCUUCGUGAGAAUGUUAGCGGCAGUGACGUCAAAGUUAAGGUCCUGAAAUUCACCUACGGGCCGUCUGCAGAAGACUGGGAGAUGUGGGUUACAACUUCCAUGGAUGAAGCUGCAGCCGACUUUUGGGAGAUGUUAGAUCCCGAUGAGCCGCUGCACCACAUUCCAGGAUCAUGGCCUGAAGCCAAUUUGUCGAUCGAGAGCAAUUCAGAGGUGGAAAACUACCGAUGGUAUCGUCCAGUGUCAAGGAGAAGGCGUAGUCGUUGGCUACGGUAUCUGGGCUUAGGGCGAAUGAGUGAGUUCGAAACAUUUGGUCCGGAUGUCAGAGCCGAAGUCAAGUGGAGUGCGGAAGCGGGAAAACGAACAAAGCAGAGAAGGAAGACGUUCUAUCUGGAGAACAAUAUCACACCACCCUGCAGAGAAUACACCAGUUGA